CGCCAUAUUGGUAUUGCGUGUGAUUUGGUCGUGCGACGUUGUUUAGAUGGGAAUAUCGAAGUCGAAGGCUGGUCAUAUUCUUCGAAUCAGCUGGAUGAAUUUGGAAUGGAAAUCGGGGUCAACGACAGCCUGAGCUUUGGCGUCGGCCCAUUCAGCGGCAAGGCAACCUCAGUUUUACAAGGCACACGUAGAGAGAACGAAGAUACUUCAAUAAGGAAAAACGAGGAACACCUUGCAGAGUCCAGAAGAGGCAAAUUUGCUACGAUAGAAACAGAAGCCGUGAAAGGGCUAGAUUGCUUGUACACAGACUUAUUUCCUGAACUGUCUUUUCCUAGCUCUCAAUUUGUGGGAGAAUACGCGAGAAUACGUUCACAGUCGUUAACUUCUGGGUUUGACUUCAAUUCCAUUGAUUCAACAAAUACCAUGGCUGAUGUAGAGUUGUCAUCACCCUCCCUGACAGUGGAUAAAGAACAACUGGCUUUGCCCAUAAACGAAUUUGAUGAUGUUCUCUGCAACAUAAUAGGAAGUGAGCCGUCACUGCCCACGACAGGGCUGGACAGGGCAGGAAAGAUAAUGCCUGAAAUGAAAAUGGAUUUCAGCGACUCUGGGUCAGAACUUUCAUAUCAAGCUGACAUUAAAUGUGUGGAGUCAGAAUUGGUAGCUCCUUUUCUACAAGUCAUUCCUUGUUCAAGUGAAGGGUUUGUAAAGUCGCCAAGAUCUAGUACAUGCAAAAGUAGCCUACACAACGUCAUUACCGAAGACACGUCUCUGUCUAAAAAUGCAAUUGCAGCUCGUGAAAAUCGAAUAAAGAAGAAAAUGUAUGUUCAAACCCUUGAGAAAAACUCUAAGGAACUCGGAGCAGAAAACAAGAAAAUGAAAAAUCAAGUUGUGUCUAUGAAGUCAAUGUUGCGCUCAUUACAGAAAGAGGUUGAUUAUUUGCGGGAUGUAUUGGCUAAUCAGAGUGAAUUGGCUUCACUGCUCAUGAACAUUCAAAGCACAGGUAUGAAGCUUGCUACAUCCAUCAAUUCAAAAGCACCUACAAAGCGAAUGCAUGCAGCAGACUGUAAACAGUCGUGCAAGUGCCAUGCAUGCAAAAAGGAGAAUUUAACGAGUACUGAAGUGCCCAGUAGACCAACGACUAGGUUAUCGAAACGUCAGAAACUUGGUCCGUGUUCUGCCCAGCCGCCAUGUAAGCAGACACCAUUUCCUGGCAGGUCUCCAUUGAUAACCAGCAAAAGGAACAGUGCUAUGGUCAGGCAAGAUCCCACUGGUGGAGUCUGUCUCCAUGUGUCGAGUGGAAGAAUCUCAGUAGAGUUUUGUCCACAGUGUAGUGAAAAUGCCAGUCAAGUCGCUCUCGAUCAUUGCUAUGGACUGCCAGGUAACAGGGAGUCCGGUGCUGAGUCGGACGGAGACAGCUGUGCAUCAGACAUUUAAGUUGCUGUCUACAUUUGUGUGCGUCAUUCAGCAAGGUUUGCCACGACAUGUAAGGACUAGAUACAAGCGGCGAUAAUCUUCAGCACAUUCUCCUGACCACUCAGUGGACAGGGACUGCAAUGGCCUACACUUGAUUUUGCUACAGAUGGUGAAUGAAUCCAAAUGGUCGGUAUAUUACUGAUAACGUAUGAAUCAGUACUAAUUGUUAACCAGUUGUCAGAUGUUAAGGAUUCCCACUGUCUUAUGGGUUUCAUUGCAUUGAGAAAAGAGUUAUAUAGAGAUAUAACAUUCAAAAAGUUAUGUUACUAUCAUUUCCGUCUGCAUUUGUUUCCUGGCCGUUAUCCUUUCCAAAUGAAGCUGGUUAUCAAUAUCGGUUGCUAUGCAUUGUGAAUGCAUUUACGGUUUUACCCGUGCAUGUAUGGCAAGAGAGAAUGAAUUAUUAGAGUAGACAAGGAAUGAGGUAGGGGCAAGAGCACUUUUAUCUGGACUAUGUCAUGCAAAUGAUGAAGGUCAGUGACAAGCUGCUGUAUUUUGUGAUCUGCAGUCUGAACUACAUUGGUAAAGUUACAUGAUUGAUUAAUAUUUUGCACGCAUGUAUUGUAUGAUGUAACCCAGGGGAAAAAUUUCAUUUUUUUCACGGGAGCUCUUUUUUCAAGUCUGUGGGAAAAUUAGUUAUCGUCAAAAAUUUUACGGGAGCUAUUUUGAACCUCACAUGAGCGAUUUCGGAGGUUUGAAGAGCGUAUCGCUCAUCGCUCCCGUGUAUUUUUUACCCUGAUGUAACCUUACUUACUGUAAUAAUCCAUCCUCUCUUGAUCUAUAGUGGAAACCAGUACUGAUUGCGAGUGGUAUACGUUUUAGGUACAGUGUGAUACCAUUGAUGAGAACAAACUGAAGUCUGAAUGGACAGUCGAGCACUACUAUCAGUUAAGUUUACAGAUGGUUUAGUAUGCUUACUGGUUCAACACAUUGGUCAGUAUAUUUUUGUGCUGGUUUCGAAACGUUUACUACUAUCAGACCUCGUGAUGGAGCAUUAAUUAUUAAUUAAUUAAUUAUCUAAUAGAUUUUCUAUUAAUAGUCACACACUAAAAACAAAUUUUUCCAUUUCGGGACGUUUGAUAGUAGGUAUAUCAAUGAAUGUUAUGUAUCUCAUAGCUGUUUACUUGCUGUAAUGCUUUCGUUAUGACAUGUAUGAGUAUUGUUUGUGUCAAUAUUGGUAUGUAAGUAAGUAAAAACGUUAUUUAACAACGGUAAAACAUGUUAGGUACGUUACUAUUGUGGUGGAUCUUACGUUUUAAAUCAUUUAUGUUAAAAAUUGUUCUUGCAUACCAUUCUCUAUAGUUUUGAAGGUAUUUCUCUUUGGUUUACUUUCUCUUUUCAGCUCGUCGAUUCUGAAGGAAGAUAACGUGCAAGAAAAGUGGUUUGUAAUAAUUGAGAACGCGUGCAAGAAGGAAGGACUUGCAAAUAACUUCACUCUGGUUUAUUUGUUGAUACCUACCAAACAUUUACCUAUGGCAUUAUAUUUUAAAGUUUGCAGUUCAGCUUGAGUUUUUAGGAUCAUGUUUAGUUAGCAAUGUAAGCAAAUGUCUUCGUUUAUGUUGUUUAGUUAAGUAAAAUGUAUUAUAAAUAGUUACCAGUUUUCAUGGUUUGUGCCUUUGUGGUGAUGUCCGUUAGUCGUUCAAGGUAUAGCAUCUAAAAAUGGAUAGUGCAGUACCACUUAUGUGCAGCCAUCUUCUAAAUAUAAUGGAGAGCUGUUGUUGAUGGAAUCCAUUUGUAAAUUGCAAAGCAAAAAAUUGGAAAAUCUUUUGUAUUUUUAGAUAUAUAAAAAACUGCUGCACCUAGGUUAUGGAUGGGAAAAGAUGUAAUGACUUGACGAACCCAUAUGUAUGGUAACGUUAUAUAAUCUUGCUAGGAGUAGGAAUAGCAUUCGUAUGAUAAAAAUGUUGCUUUUGUUGUCUAUUAGGUGACAACCACUGUCCUUUAUGAUUGGGUUUAUUCAAUAUCCAGUCAACGUUCACCACACUGGCUGAUUUCAUACCUCUAUUUAACCUUAGCCUUAGCCAGAAGUACUUUCGUUGUUCAUAUCGGAAGCAUCUAAUCUUGUGAGAAGUAACAACUUCAUGUGAAAUCCCGGUGAAAUAUUAAAUAUGGUUUAGGAUUCAUUUGCAGUGGCCCUGCAGGCUUAGCAGUCUGAGAAAACCACGGGACCUAAAAUGGCCCCGUCAUUUACUCGACGGGGCUGAUUUUCUCUAGGCAGGGGCUAAUUUUUGUAUACUGAUUAAUUAUGUAAUAAAAGUUUUAAAAUCACAAAAUUUGACGGGGCAGGAACAAAAGCCCCGUGGACACCAGAGACGGGGUUGUUUACGGGGCUUGGGCCAAUCGGCCCCGUGAAAAGGCGAAGCCUUCUCUGUCAAAUAGUAAGUUUGGAAGUUUUGAUUCUUGAUUGGUAAUGCAGUAAUACCCUAACAGUUCAUAAAUGUAUGUAUGGAAGUGCAUGCUAACCUACGUGACUAAAAUAGCCCAGGAAACGAUGUAGCGUAGUGGAUUAUGCCAAGGUUUGUCGAAUGUCUGUUGAAAAUGUGAAAACAUUGCUUGCUGUACUUCGUUAUUUGCAUGGGAACAAGUGGUUUCAUUAUCUAAAUAUGAACGCACUUGGGCAUGAAGCAUAAGACGUGUAUGAAACUAUCGGGAGUAAAUAUAAUCACACAUUUGUGAUUAUUUACUCCUGAACUAUGUAUGUAUAUAAUAAUAAUAACCAAAUGAUUUGUAAUGCUGGUUGCAUUUACCAUACAGUUUGCAUAGGAAUACUUAUAGAAAUCUUUCCAUUGCUGAUGAAAAAUGUGGAGAAUAUAUUGUAAAACACUAAACUCGAACUCGCACUAGGCAAUUGGCCUAUUUAUUGUGUUUUUGAUCUGAGUAUUGCAAAUAUGACAAUUGUGAUGUACAACAAGUCGUAUAUA